ACAAAAAUUCGUUUAGCACAUGCGCAAUAGUGUGUAAUGAAGAAGUAGCAGCUGACGAUGAAGACGUUAACAGAAUAACGAGAUAAUUUACGUGAAUGUGCAUGAGAUGUAGAUCAGUAUGACAGGUUAAACUUUUUUUAAAAGUAUGUCAGACCCAGAUAAUGGUGCCAAUGAAAAGAACGGGGAGAACGUGGAACCCCAGCAGCUGCCGGAUGUUGUUGAUGUACCCUCCUCUUCAAAAGAUUCGGUUCAGGAAGUAAACAAUCCAGUUGUGGAGGAUGAAUCGAAUGAUAGAAGUUGUUUACCAGACGACAACAAGUCUGAAGAAUCAGCCCCAGAUCAGUCUAAAAGAAGUGUAACUUUCCCCAGGGAUACCUUGAUUAAAGGAUACCUUGAUCCUCCCAAUCCAUGGAGAAAUGUUGCCAAAUGGACAACGAAUGAUCUCAUAACGGCAUAUAAGAAAGGUUGUGAAAGUCAUGGAGUCAAACCACUCAACAAAGUUCUACAGCAGCUUCAGGGCAUUGAAUACACAGAUGACAGGUUUGAAAUACUUAGUUUAAGAGGAGAACGCCUGGAUAUAAAGCAAUGUGAGAGUAUCGAAUCCAUCCUGAAAAUGGUGCAGUUUCGUUGUUUGGAUUUAGAAGCUACACAUUUAGAUGAUGAGACAGCAGUGGCAUUAUUUGAUAUGGUGGAGUAUUAUGAGACUGCCUGCAAGGUCAAUAUUGCAUUCAAUAAAAACAUUUCAGCUAGAGGAUGGCAGGCCUGCGCCCGAAUGAUCAGAAAGACACCAUGCUUGACAUUUCUUGAUGCGAGGAAUUGUGAUUUGAAUGAAAGAGUUGUUCCAAUCAUCGGUCGUUCUCUUAGGAUGGGAUGUUUUCUAACUACCCUCCAUUUAGAGAAUACUUUUAUUUCUGGACGAGCUAUGGUUAUUUUAGUGGCAGCUCUAAAGUUAAAUGAGAUCCUUAAAGAGCUCUUCCUGGCAGACAACAAACUUAUGCCAACUGACGGCAUACAGCUAGGCAACCUCCUCAAGUAUAAUCAUAAACUGCAGCUUCUGGAUGUCCGAAACAACAACUUGCAAGAUAUUGGUGUAAGUCAUAUUUGUGAUGGACUGUAUGAACAGACUUUAGACACGGGGUUACUGACCCUGGUGCUGUGGAAUAAUCAGCUGACAUACCAAGUCAUGUCUGCUAUGUCUAAGGCACUGAGUAGUACCCAGAAUCUAGAGACUUUAAACCUGGGACACAACAACAUAACAAAUGAAGGCAUUCAUUUGUUGAAGGAGGGCCUGCUGGUCAGCAAGUCCCUACUGAGGCUGGGCCUUCAGGGCACAAAGUUCACCUGUGAAGGAGCUGUGGCGUUGGCAGAGGCCGUGGCAGACAGUCCCCGCCUGCUGCGACUAGAUCUGAGGGAAAAUGAAAUCAAGACUGCAGGACUGAUGGCAUUGUCUCUAGCCCUCAAAGUGAACCAGACUGUGACUCGAGUGGAUCUGGACAGAGAGACGAAGAAGGAAGCGGGAGUGAAAGACUACAUGGAACAGCAGAGAAGGCUUCAGCAGGACAUCAACUCAUACACAGAGAGAAACAGAGAGACACAGCGCAGGGUAGAUGCUGAGAAACGAGAAACUCAAAAGCAGCAAAUUAAAAUGGAUUCCAAUGCUGAUUUAAUGGAGCUAGGAGACAGUGCACUGUCACUGCUAACACCAGGCUCCACCGUGAAGAGACCAUCUCUGUUAGUGAUAGAGACUUCAACAGCGGAGACAAUGUUAGACUCUCCUGUGGCCAAGGACGUGUUCAGGGCUCCUGGUAUAUCUCCCAUCAUGUCGAGUACACCCCCUGGGGAAUUGCUUCUGAGUCCCCAGUAUACCUCCUCUGUCAAAGCCAAAAAGAUUUUUACUGUGUCAAAAGUGGACAUUCAGUCCUUAUUAUCACCCCCCGGGCCAGUACCCACCAGUAUCCCAGUCCUGUCCCCAUCCUCUCUUCUGUGUACCAGCUCUGCACUGUCACAGGGAGACACCAUCCCCACAAAGAUUACUCCAUCUACUCUACAAACAAUCCUUGCGAAUCCAAUGCUCUGUACACCAUUAGAAAGUGUGCAAACACAGCUGGAAUCAAGCAGUAAUCCACAAACAGAAGCGGAGGGAACUAUCACCGAUUUCAUCAGAGAACUUGUGAUAAAUGUUGCAGACAAUGCCUCUGGUGUAUGUGAUCAGUGCCAACAGAACAACAGUGGAGAAGAGACUUCAAGGACACUCAUUAAGAAGGAUACAAGUAAUAAGAAUACAAACACCGUCACUAGGGGCACCAUUGUCAGUGUCCCAAAACCUGUGAAGGACCUGACGGUGAACAGAGAUUCAGGUUUUGGGAGUUGUGAAAAUGAGCAAUGGACUCAAAUUGAAUCCUCGGAAAUUCCUUCAUCUGUUAUAAAUGGUCAUGCAAAUUUCAGUAAAACACUUGAGAAUCCGAACUUCCAGUCUUCACUUACAAUGAAUGGACUGACUGAGGAAUUGGCAAGUGUUCUGGAAAGCAUCGAACACAAAACGGAGUCGGAUCCAGCCACACCCCCAGAUGAGUUUGAGCGAGAGCUAGAUGCAAUGUUAGCAGAAGUUCAAUGUGGAAACAAUGUUCCUUUUUCGACUAUUCACCUGCUUUGGAAGAUCAAAUGCUCAAAGCCCCCCAGAUGUUCAGGAAGUAGUCAUAGACCCGUCUUAAUAAAAAUUAUGCCACUUUUAGAAGGUCUAAGUUAUAGCAGCGACAAAAAUGUUAUCGUAUUUGAAAUAGGAGCUGCAUAUACAAGAUGUGGAUUAGCAGGUGAAACUGGUCCACGAUGUAUUGUGCCAAGUCAUGUUAAAAACAAGACAACAGGAAAGAUUGAAAAAUUAUGGGAAUUCGAGACUACAGAUCAACUGUAUGAAAAUCUGAAAGACUUCUUAUUUAAUCUGUAUUUUAGACAUUUGCUUGUAAAUGCAAAAGACAGACGGGUUGUGAUUUGUGAAUCAAUACUGUGCCCUUCAGCAUUUCGAGAUACUCUUGCCAAAGUUCUUUUCAAACACUUUGAGGCCUCUUCGGUGUUGUUUGCUGUCGGACAAGUUAAUUGUUUGUUGGGACUUGGAACCAACACAGGGCUGGUGGUUGAUGUUGGUUACAAUGAGACUAUAGUUCUACCAGUGUACGAGGGAAUACCUGUCAUAAAAGCCAUACAGAGUGUGCCUCUAGGAGGGAAAUCUAUUCACAAGAGGAUAGAAUCUCAACUGAAAGAGGUCGGGAAAAUCACAACAGGGAGUGAGGAAGAACAACCCCUGUCCUUGUUACCAGAUUGCUUAGAUGAAGAAAUACUGGAAGAUGUUAAAGUAAGAUGCUGUUUUGUAACGAACUUGCAACGUGCCAGCCAAAUACACAGGGUCCUCCAGCGUGGGGAAGACCCGUCCAAGCUCCCCUCACUACCCCCAGGUGUGAAUUAUCCACUAGAUGGCGAUCGUCUGCUGCUGGUGAAUGGGGCCAUCAGGGAGCAUAGUUGUGAAGUUUUAUUUGAGCAAGAUAAUGAACAACAGUCCAUUUCUACCAUAAUCCUGGAUGCCAUUAUCAAUUCUCCUAUCGACAUGAGAAGGGACCUAGCAGAGAACAUUGUCAUCAUAGGAGGCACCUCCAUGUUGCCAGGCUUCCAUCAUCGACUGUGUGUAGAGUUGUAUCACCUGCUAAAGAACAACAAGUAUCAGAACGAGCUGUCCAUCAAGCUGUUUAAGUUCCACAAACUACCAGCCAAGGAAAACUGCGUCAGCUGGCUGGGAGGAGCUCUGUUGGGAGCUCUGGAGACACUGCCCAGUAAGUCCAUUUCCCGAGACGCUUACCUACAGACAGGGAGACUCCCAGACUGGUGUUGUUUGUCCGAGGAGUCGGAGGAGCAGGAAAAGGUAGCACCAAGGAGCUAGGAAGGACACGACUGACAAAACCAAGGAUAAAGUACCAGAGCCAUGGAUAGGACUUUCAGCUAGACAAAGCUGGAGGACUCAAACCAACUUUAAUAUGUGCAAUAAAUUCAUCUCUGUUUAGCUUAUUUAAAUGUAAAUAAAUCACAGUGGGAGCCAU